AUGGCAGCCACUGUGCGCACGCAUCCGCACUCUGCACUCGACGUCCAACUUCCGACGACUGGCAUGCAGACGCGUGCAUUCUUCACUCCGCGCACUGGCCCGCUGUACAAUCUCCGCGUCGCUUUGGCCAAUAUCCGACGCGCCGUGCCCUUCAAGCCUCCCGGUGCACCGAACGAAGAUGGGAUUACGCCGCCAGAACCGCUCAGUGGCCAACGCGCAUUCCUCAGAUACAUCGCUGUGCCAGUGUAUCGUGCGCAAGGCGCGGCUCACGCACGCCUCGGCAUGUCGAACGAAGCGGAUCGGUCUCUCACGCGUGCUACACCGGCGCAGAGCUAUUGUUCACAGGAGAGGGGACCAUGGGCGAUGUUUUGCUAA